UUCCAAGGCAAAACCUGCCUCAUCACCGGCGCCGCCUCCGGAAUCGGCCGAGCAACCGCCAUCAAAAUGGCCUCGAUGGGAGCCACCCUCGCCCUCUCCGACAUCAACCUACCCGGAGUUCUCGAAACGCAAUCUCUCUGCGCCAACUCCUCUACGCAUAUCGCUUCCCUCUUGGACGUGAGUUCCUCCUCGGCCAUUUCAGAAUAUUUCACUGGAGAGAUUAUUCCGCAUUUGCAGCUGCAAACCACCUCCACCUCCACCUCCACCUCCAACCCAGAAGGAGAAGGGAAAGGAGAAGAAAAAAGAAAAAGUCUCGAUUACAUUUUCAACUGCGCAGGAAUCAAUCCCACCGCAUACCCUCUGACCACGACAUCCGACACAUACUGGGACAAAUUAAUCAAUACAAAUCUCAAAGGGACAUAUUUGAUUUCUCGCGCUGCAAUUCCCCUUUUGUCCUCCUCCUCCUCGCCAUCAAUCGUCAACGUAAGCAGCACAAUGGGACUCCAAGCCGCACCCGAAUACGCCAUUUACUGCGCGACAAAAUUCGGCAUUGUAGGUUUCACCAAAGCGCUCGCGUUGGAAUUGGGUCCGCAGGGCAUUCGAGUGAAUGCCGUGGCGCCGGGGUAUAUUGAUACGCCGUCGAAUGCGGGCGUGGUGGCCGGGCCAGAGGCGGUGCAGGAGCAGGUGGAUCGCGUGGCGUUGGGGAGGAUGGGGACGGCCGAGGAGGUGGCGGAUGUGGUGGCGUUUUUGUUUUCGGAAGAGUCGAGAUAUAUGACCGGGGCGGUGGUGGAGAUUACGGGUGGAAGGAUGUAA